AUGUCCGUACAACAAACUCCGUCUUCUUCUUCUCCACCUCGUCAUCAGCAACGAGCUUACUCUGUUACAUCUAUGCCGAGUGAACUACAAAAGUCGGUUAUGAAGCAUCAAGAAGCCGAGCAUCAAGAAAAGAUUCGACAUAACCAACCUUGGUGGCAAUAUUACUAUCAACUCUAUCAUUAUCAACUUCCUCCUGGAAGAAAACCUACUGUUUUUGGUCCUUAUUUAUUGCUCCAAACCUUGGGUGAAGGUGAAUUUGGUAAAGUCAAAUUUGGUAUCCAAGUAAAGACAGGACAAGAGGUUCUUCAUCACCCAAAUAUUGUAGAGCUAUAUGAUGUGAUCGAAACUGAAAAGUACAUUGGUAUCAUUCUACAGUGUGCAACAGGUGGUGAAUUGUUUGAUUAUAUCCUUGCUCAUCGCUAUCUGAAAGAAAAAGACGCAAGCCGAUUGUUUGCACAGCUGAUAAGCGGUGUUCAUUACAUGCAUCAGAAACGCAUUGUUCAUAGAGAUCUUAAAUUGGAAAACUUGUUGCUAGACAAGCAUCGCAACGUGCUUAUCACAGACUUUGGUUUCGCAAACCAAUUUUCUUCAGCUCAAGACGAUUUGAUGUCAACUUCAUGUGGAUCACCUUGUUAUGCUGCACCUGAAUUAGUCAUGAACCAAGGUGUGUAUGUUGGACCUGCAGUUGACAUUUGGUCUUGUGGUGUCAUUUUGUUUGCCAUGUUAUGUGGUUAUUUGCCUUAUGAUGAUGACCCAGCAAAUCCUGAAAGCUACAACAUCAAUUUGCUUUACAAAUACAUUCUAAAUACACCCUUGAUAUUUCCUGAUUAUAUCUCUGAAGAAGCAUGCGAUCUCAUGAGCUUAAUGCUUGUUCCUAAUCCUGAAAAGAGAUGUUCUAUGGAAACCAUCAUGGCUCAUCCUUGGUUGAGCCCUCAUAAGCAUUUAUUUGUUGAUAAGGAAGAGAAACAAGAAACAGAACAAGAAGAAAUAGAAGAGGCGGUUGUUCCUGAACCUGUCAGAAGAAAUACAGUGAUGGAACCUGUUCAAGAAGAUAAGGCAUCCUCUUCGGCUGUCUUGAUUGAAGAAGAAGAAGAAGAAGAAGAAGAAGAGAAGGAGGAGGAGGAGGAGGAGGAGGAACAAACAAAAGAAGAGGAAGGGGAAGCAAUUGUUCCUGAAAAUCAAGAGGAUCAAGACAUGAAGGAUACGCCUAUGCAAGAGCUAGAAUUACCUCCUGCCGUCAUUCAAGAUGAAACGCAAGUUGAAACACCAAACAGCAUUGAAACACCAGAAAAUCAAACACCAUCUUCACCUUUACCUACAGCAAACAAAGUUCGUCCUAAAUCCACCGUAUCUUCUUCCACUGAAAAGGUUCUUCAUUUCCUUUCUGGUCAUUCAAACACGCCAAAACCAACAGCCUCACGUAACACAAAUGACAAGCGCACAAGGCACAUGUCUUUAGUGUCUGAGCAUGACGCAUCAUCACCUUCGAUUCUUCAAUCCAAGUUUCUAUCUAGUCUCAACCAUCAACGGAAGCAACAACAGCGACAACAGCAAACUUUGUCUUCUCCAUCGCCUAAUACAAGUGCAAGUACACCUCAUCCUGCUAAAAAGACGCAACCCAAACGUAAUGUACGUCUUAGCACUGUCACACCUCCUACGCCAACAGAAAGAGGCACGAGAAGAAAAACAUUAAGUUUGUUGGUCAAUUCAAUGACAGACAAUAAGAUGUCGUUCAAUCGUCGUCAAAGCCAUGCUCGUCCUAACGAAGACAAUACUCGUAUUGAAAUGAUGCCUUCUGUUUCUGAACAUACCAUGAAUACGUUGUCUGACAAGGACAAGCACAAGAGUACAGGCAAGAAACUCAUGGAUUGGUUUAAAAAGAAACCUUUAAGUACAAUUCAAAAGUCUUCCAAUCAACCUAUUCAUGACCCAUUAAUGCAUGAUCGUGUUCCCAGCAAUCCAAGCCAUGAGCCUAAACUACGCAUUCAUCACGGCGCAGUUGAUCAAGAAGCAUUAACAUCAAGAGCGCCUGCUCAAGUAUUGGUUGAAGUGAAACAAACCCUCAAAUCACUUGGACUCGAAUACAAACGCGAUGGUAGUGAAUUCAAAUUAAAGUGUGUGCGACCCAAGCGUGCUAUUGAGAAACGAAAGACACAAAUACAACCAUCCCAUUUACACAAUAAUGGCACGCCCUUCCGAAUGCUGUUGCGUAGAGCAAGUGCUUCACAACAAACAGACGAUAAACCAGCUACCAUUUAUGGUGAUCCUAACGCGGAUCCUGGAGAAGAAGUUCGCUUUAGUGUCGAACUUUGCAAGAUCAAGAAUUUGCCUGGAUUGUAUAUUGUCGAUAUGCGUCGAAUGAGAGGCAAUGUUUGGGCCUACAAGUUUAUUUAUCGUACCUUACUUGAUACGCUCAAAUUAGGUGGUAAGAGUGAGUAUCUUAAAACGACCACACAAAAAAAGAAGACACCUCCAUCUACAAGAGACAGUAGUAAUCGCACCAGCAUUAUCAGUAGUAGUGGAGGAAAUAGCAGUAGUGUUUUAUUAGAUGAUCCUGCUACUACAACAACAAAAGAAAUUGCAGUUUAAAAAAAAAAAUAGUAUCCCACCUUUAAUCUUAUAUCUUUAUCAUACCCUCCACUUAAUAAAGCAACAUGUACGAAAUAAGUAUUUUA